CACAGUCAGAUCAGAUCCAAUCCAAGCCAGUGCACAAAUUGUAAUUAAUUCUGAAGUUAAUAUAAAUUUAAUUUAUUUUAUUUUAUAAUAAAAACAGUCUACUUUUGAUAACCUCUGUUUGAAGAUUAAAUUCAUGACAUAUUAUUAAAAAUUAUCAAAACACGAGAUAAAUAUGUUUAAAAUGAAGGCCUCUAUAAAAGGGGCAUUUGCGAAUAUAAAGCCAGUGUGCGAUGAGGUGAUGGUGUGCCCAUCACCUGAAUCCAUAGCAGCCUACACGGCAAGUGUAUCGCAGCUGAAGAAGGAGGUGGUGCAAGAACUUCAACAAUACCUACUGUUCCCUUUCAUCACUCACAUUCAUUCCACAGAAAUUGAAAAAAAGUAUGAUUUACAAUGCCUCAUAGUAGAUGCCAUGAGAGCAGUAUUGGAACGUGUCACAGUGAACAGCUUCGACAUGUGCAUGAAGAUUGAGACGGGACUCGUACAACUUGUGUUUGAUAACUCCAAGCCAGGAAUGGUUUCUGAUGCGCCUGAGGAGUUGAAACACAGCGUAAUGCAGACUCUCACAGUGCUCCUGCUGAAUCUAGACAAACCUUUCCGAGAUAAACUGUACAAGACGCAAGUGCCGAUGUUAGCGCAAAUCAUGUUUGUCUCUGUUCAUAUCGCCAAGCUUGAGAAACUGAGGGCAUUAAGGCUGUCAGCGAUCAACUGCCUGAGCGCGCACACGGGCACGCAUGCGCAGCUGUCGAGCGCGCCGUGCCCGCCGGAGGAGGGGGCGCUAGUGUCGAUGCUGGCCGCCAUCUUGCCGGGCGUGCUCGCCGCGCUGCAGGACGUCGCCACUGCUCUCAACAACCCGGGGCACGCUGUUGUUGUGGCCGCGAUUAAUGCAAUCCACCGCAUUCUCUGUACGGUGAUGCAUGAAAAGCAUCUGAAGAAGAAAACCGACAUCACAGUUGAGGACAUUGCCAAGAUGGUGCGGGAGAAAGCCACGGUGACAGAUACAGAAGUAAGCAGGGAUAAUUUAAAAGACUUGCCGAAAUGUUCGCCAGAAUGGUACGAAAUGGCGGGGAAGAAGUUGGUGAUGAUCACAACUAGCUUAGCGUCGCUCCGCACGCAUGAGCACUGGCGAGUCAGGAAGGAGUUGGCUAUCUACUGCUAUAGGCUCCUCACAGAGUGUCACACAUCCAUGUUGCCCUCAGUGCCAAUGGCGCUGGACAUCCUCAUAUCUCUGGCCAAGGACGAGUACCCAGAAGUUGCAGAAUAUUGUACCAACUCAGUGAAUGCGUACUUUAGAACUCCGAAUAAACUUACAGCGAUGGACGGCCUAUCUAAGAAUCUGAUGACAGCGUUAGCAAACUUGCCUAGAAUUAUUAAUAAUAUUGACUCAAGCAGAAAGCUGUCGGCGCUAAAUCUUCUCCAUGGUUAUAUUCAAGUGAUGGCGGAUGGUUCCCGCCCUCAACAAUUGACUACGGCAUUGAGUGUUCAAGUCAAUAUGCAGAGUUUAUGUAGUGCACUGGUAGAGGCCGCCACUGUGCAGACUGAUUUGAACCUGUUGUCACAGUAUACUGUCAAAGGAAACCCCCCUCCCCCCCACAACUCCCCCUGGCUGAACCCCCGCCACCUCGACCCCACUUGCGAGCAAGCGCUGAGAGACAUCUGUCGGUGUCUGUCGGAAGUGGAAUGCGCGGAAUUGAUACUAGACAAUAUGCUGGAUUUGUUUCACGCGCAGAGGAAGUGCGAACAUGUGGCGCUGAUGAAUUGGAUGAUUACUGGUGUCAACACACCGGUGAGCCUGUCCCGCCGCGUGCUGGACGCGUACCUGUCGCCGGAGCUGUGGUCGCUGCCGCUGCAGGUGGUGUGCGAGGAGCACACGGCUCCCGGCGGCACGUACGACAUCAGGGUGUACAAUUCCAGGUCCUGGCACAAAGACAGCGUGCCUGGUCUAUACGAAGGUGCGGUCGAGAUGCGCUACACGGGCGUCAGCUACGACACGCCGCGCUCGCAGCCCGCACGCGACCCCAACUCCUGCGCAACUCUGAAAGAAGCUCAGAACAAUGUGGCGUUGACUUGUUUGAUCACAGAGGGCGUUGGCAUCGCCGCUAGAAGACUCGGCCAGGAAUUCCAACCGUAUUUGAUGAAAACGUUGUGUCCCUUACUGGAAAGAGCUGGCAGUAAAUACGGAAUGGUCUACCUGGCGGGCCUGAAGGCCAUCAACGAUGUUGCCAUAGCCAUGUCAUACGGGAGCGUGGCGCAUCUCAUCCGACAGAACGCGGACUAUUUCACCAGCCAGAUCUCGACCAAGCUGAAGAGGGCGUGGAACAACGAGUCAGCGUUGCUGAUUCUGACUGUCGUCAUGGAGUACAGUGACUCCAAUGUACUGGACUGCCUGUACGGGAUCGUUGAAGAUGUGUUAGUUCAAAGCUGUGAUAAAUACUAUGAGAUGAAUCUCGAAUUAUAUUUGAAAGUGUUCGUGACCUUUAUGGAAUGCAUCCUUCGCUGGUUUCCUGUAGAGGAGGUAAAUGAACAUACAUGCACAAAAACAGAAAUAGAUUUAUUUGGAGGUCUCUCAGAGUAUAUACAAGGUAUCGAGGAGGCAGAAAGAUUAAUGAAUAGUGAUGAAUUUGAAAGAAGCCCCGGUCAGAGUGUAGAAGAGAUGUACAGAGAAGAUUUACAGAAGAAUGAUGAGGAGGAUAUUUUAGACUAUGACGAUACAGUCACUGUGGAGAAACCGCCGCUGCCCCAGCACGUUAGAGUAACUAUAACAGUCAUAAAACGAUGCGUCAACUUCGUCACGUCUCGGCGUCUGCUCCAGGCCCUACUGGCUAUGCGUGUGUUGUCCCUGGCGUUCCCUGUUUUGGGACCUUAUGAAGACGAGCUCCUACCGCUGGUACAUCAGUCGUGGGCCCCGCUGGUGACUGUGAUGGAAACCGGCAUUGAAUUGGCUUUGAGGCGCGCGGUCCACUUGAUGCUGGUUCUGGCGUCUCUCUCCAAGGACUUCAUACUGAGCAGAGCGGAAAAGGACGUUCUGCCUCACAUGUACUUUUACCUCAAAAAAUCAGCCGUCAACAGUCUCCUCAAAGACGUAGGCGCCGCCUACAGAAACACCCACGCUUACUAUUUACAAAUGGACAUUCUCACCGUGUUACCUAAACUAGCGAUUGAUUUGAAGCUAGACGGAAAAAGACUGGACGAAGCCAUGGAGAGUGUUUAUAUGUACUUGAGCAAUAAGCAGCCGAGUCAGUUGCAACAACUAGCUGUUGAUUUCUACCAAGCGAUGCUUGGUUACGACUACGCCGCCGCGUGGCACCACCUACGGACAUUGUGCGAAAACACAAGGGUCUUAGAACCCCCUAAAAUUCCACAUAUGGCACUAGAAAAGAUCAUCGGAACGCCCUAUGAAUCCAAUUGUGAAGAUUACAACGCAAACAUACAACUUAUCUUCAAUUUAUGAAUCAGGAAUGAAAUUAAUUUUUAUAUAAUAUCAGCAUGUAAAUAAAACAAAUUAAUGGCAGUAUUUUAUCUUUUAU